CAUAGACAUAUCAAACAUUUUAUAUACAAGUUGUUAUUAUUGAAGGUGCCAGUUAAUGUCGAAAUAUCAGAACAUUAGAUAAUUAAUCGUUACAAGAUAGUGUUUAUUUUUUAUAAUGUGAUGUGUAGUAAUCUUGUAUUAUAUACAUUUCAAUAACUUUAGGUAGAUAAGGAUACUAAAAGACACUUUACAAUUACUUUAGAUUAAAAUGGAACAAAUUUAUUUGAAAGGGUUUCCACGUGAAUGGCACAGUGAAAAAAUCAACUUGUUUUCUUAUUUUAGAACCUAUUCUGAUACCGUGAGCAAAAUAUUAAAAACCGACAAGUUGUAUUAUAAAAACAUUUUAGAUAAAAUAAUGCCAGACAGUGUUGGAAACUUGGUUAAUAGUGAUUUGCUUCAGUUAAGCAAAAUGACAAAUGUUCACCAAUUAAGACCAGUAAAUAUAAAUGAGAAAAAAUUAAAACACCAAUAUGUAAAAAGAUUUCCUAUAAAAAAGGAAACUUUUUUCUCAAAACAGAACCUAAACUUUAAAAAAACACCUUACAAAAACAAAGAUAACUCUGUGGAAGAAUUUAAUUUAAUUUCAAACUCUUGUUCGAUAGAUUUUCCUGACUGUGUUAAGUUUCCAAGCUUACUUAAUAGUCCUCAAAACAGCAACACACAAUUUAUAGAAUCAUGUCAAAAUAUUAACCCAUGUCCACAAAAUGAAAUUGUCAAUGAAGAUGUAAAUAAAACAUUAUUACAAACUAAUUAUUCAAAGCAAUAUGAUGCAAAACUUCAAGUACCUGCAAAUUCUCUUAUUUAUCCAGGAAAAGGCAACGCUUCAAUUGUUAAUUAUAACAAUGCCAUACAAAGGAGGAAAAGGGAAAUACUACUAUCACAUCAACCAGCAGCUAGAAAGAAUAAGAAUCUUAAAAGAGGUAACAAUUUUAUUGUAUCAUUUCGAAUUCAUGAUCCAUUUGAACAUACUGAAGAGAGUAAAGUAGAGAAUUUUAUUCAAGAAAUUCUUCUUCUUGAUUACCAAACAUUGGACUGUUUACGAGACACAAUCAUUUGUGAAUCAGACUUUCAAGAUGUUCGAGGAGACGUCAGCGAAGACCCUGAUGUGCCCUUGACUAAAAUGUCCAGGGAUGUAUAUAGAUCAGCAAUGUUCUACUUUGACAACACAUUUUAUGUAGAUAAACGUCACGUGGACUGUGAAGAUUACAGUUCAAAAGUCAAAGAAUGGGGUCAGUCCCAUAACAUCAAAUUUGGCUCAACCUGUGACAUGAGUCUCAUGAAAGUUGGAAAUCUCAAUGUUCGUUUUGGUUAUCCUUACUUGUAUGUGCAUCAAGGAGUUUGUGAGCACCUUGUCAUUGUGAAUGAUGCCAGGCUGGUGACAGGCGCAGAAUCACUACGUUCUCGUGAUUACCCAUUGAUAUCUGCCAUCCCACGCUACAAUUCUGACUGCUGCAAUAUUUGCCACACUUCACCAGCCUGCUGGAUAGUGACACAUAAUGACCGUCUGCUGUAUGACUUCACUUUCUUGUGCAAAACCUGCUUUAAGAUGUUUAACUACGUUGAUGGUAAAAAGUGUGGCAACUUCAAGGCAUAUCGUUGCUUCCAAAAAAGUGCACUUCUAUAAUACUAUAAACUACUCUAAUAAUAAUCAUUCUUUGUUGUUAAAGUAAAACAAAUUAUAGGUAUUUCUACUUAACAAGAAGUAAAAAGUGGUUACAUAUACAUGUUAAUUUAUUCUAACUACUUUAAAGGUUUUGUGUUAAUUUAGAAUCUUGAUUUUCAUUAUUCAUUGUAUCAGUCUACUUAAGCAAUAAAAUUACCAUUUCAACAAUA